CUCGGAGCGGAAGCAUUUCGGGGACUGCGUGAAGUUCAUUCUUUCGUUUUGAAAGGAAAUGAGCUGCACGAGCAACCGUUGAUCAACUCACAGUCGCUAACGUUUCUUGACCUUUCCGAGAAUGUGAUCACAUCCUUUCGAAGCCCUAGAAUUUUCAAAUCGCUUGUGAGCCUGAAAACUCUACACAUGUAUCAUAACAGAAUCGCCUACAUUCCAGCCGGCCUUUUCUCUGGUCUCCAGAAGUUACAGCAUAUUGACCUCCGGCAUAAUUUGAUCGCCUAUAUUGGACCAGACGCUUUUACACCACUACCCUCUCUCCAGGAAGUGCGCGUAUUCAAUAAUUUUUUACAAUGUACGUGUGACACAUACUACAAUCUCGUCGCUAUCGCUGAUUUCCUCCAUGGGUCUCACUGCCAAGAACCUGAUGCAGCAAAAGGACUGGUCUUUGACGGGAAUAAAACAACGCAUGCAAACUAUUAUGGUCUUUUCAACAAUGACUCAUUUCUUUGCACUGCCAGGACUGUUUCCGCUUUUAAGCCCGAGCCAACCAACGUGACGGUGAUCUGGGAAAUGCCAUCUGAAGCGUACCCAGGAGCAUCAUCCCCUCCAUUAGAGGCAGAAAUACAGUGUACUAAUGAAGACAACGCACCAACGCUCACAGCAAACGUUGAUGCCAUCGGAACCAACUCGCACACGUUUACAGAAACGGACGGGGUGGUCACCGGUAUCGAGUACAUCUGCAGUGUUGGCUCUGUCUGGGAAGGCAACUCCAGUUCAAGAGGCCUUCUUGUCCCAGCUGUUGGAAACCAGUGUUCUGCACAUGGUAAUGGCACACAAAGCAAUGACACAGAAGCACCAUGUAUCCCUCUAGUAACAGUACCCCCGGAUAUGAAUGGCCAACAGCUCAAUUUCACCAUUUCAACCUACGAUUUCAGCCUAUCUCAUGAAGACUUUGCUAGAGCCUCUCCUCUACCCAUCUACAACUCGCCCAAGUACGUCCGGGAUAUCUUCAGGGGUGCUUGGUUGCGAGUAUCCGACGACCCGGAAGAAGAUUUGUUCUCAUCCUGGUUUAAAAGUGACCCGGAAGUGAACCUUGCUCUGACAUCACACCUAACGGUGUGGUGGUACCCCGAUGAAUCUCUAUAUAGGUAG